AUGAUCAAUUCUGUGGAUAGUGUGUCAAUUGACUUGCGUGUUCUUGACCUAAAAGCAAAAGAAGAAUCGGGAAAACAUAGAGGUAAAAGGACAUCGGUAGGAGAAAAGCUCAAUGAACGUCGUAACAGGGUGAAGCAUUGGUGGAAUACAUUCUUCUUCAUAUCGUGUGCAUUUGCAGUCUUCAACGAUCCCACUUUCUGUUACAUGAAUGCCAUCGACAACAAAAAUAAGUGCAUCAAUGAAGAUUUAAAAUUGGCGAUAAACUAUAUUAUCGCACGAACAAUCACAGAUAUUAUUUACCUGAUCGACUUUCUCAUUUCGAAAUGCGGAUGUUGUUGUAGCUGUCCUUGUUGUUGCUGUUGUCGUGACAGAAAGAAGAGAUCAAUCGGAUCGUGUUUCUUAUGCUUCCCUAACCUAUUAUCCACACUGUCUCGCCUCUUCGUAUGUCUUCCCAUUGCACAGAUACUCGCCGGCAGCUUGCCACAAAUUAAACAAGAUUCUACAUUUAGGGUUUUUUUCUUUGUCACUUCCAUCCAAUAUACAUUACGGAUAUAUUAUAUCUAUGGAUCGUUAGAGCGGCGUCCUAUGAUAGACACAACCCGUUUUGAAAGAUGGCUUAGACCUAUAUUGGGGUUUGUUCCAUUCAUCCUUGCCUCACAUCUAUUUGGAGCCUUUUGGUACUAUCUUGCUACUCAAAAACAGAUUGAUUGUUGGCUAUCGACGCCUCUCAAUCAAACGAUAUCUAAUACCUCAUCUAUCCUCUCAAUUGUUGGAGAUGUGAGCUGUGCAACUAACCUCACAGAAUUGGGGUUUAAUGUCUCGCAAUGGGAUGAGCUAUGCCCAGUGAAAGAUGCUGAUCCAAAGAUCUUCGAUUUUGGUAUAUAUUUGUAUGCUCUUCAAUCUGAUGUGACUAGUUUAUCACAACAUCCCUUACAAAGGGCGUUCCAAUCAUUCUGGUGGGCGCUACGAAAUUUGAGUUCCUUUGGUUCAAACCUCAAUAGCAGUAUGGAUACGUUAGAAAUCUUCUUCUGCGUCUUGAUAUCCAUAAGUGGCAUGGCACUAUUUUUAGUCUAUCUCAAUGCAAGGGUGCAGGAAUCUCAAGAAAGAUCAAAUAAGGUUUUGCUGAAAGAGAGGACACAAUUAAGGAAACCAGAUGUUGAUUUGUGGUUAUCAAGAAACCUUUCUAAUGAUAUGGAGAUAGUAGUGACCAAAAAGACAAAGAAAUAUUUGAAGACACUGAUAAUGGAAAACAUCCACAAACUCGAAGAAAACAGCGAUCUUAAUGUGCAAAGUAUCCUCAAUGUUCUUCCAGUAAAAGAUAAACAAAGCAUCAUGUCGGUUCUCUUCUUAGCCACACUGAAAAAGGUGCCAGCGUUACAUACCAUAGAUGAAAGGGUGUUAGUAGCCAUUUGUCAGCAUCUAGUUCCAAUGACCUACAUUGAAGAUAGCUACAUCGUUCAAGAGGGAAAACCACUUGGGAAGAUGCUCUUAUUCACUCAAGGUAGCGCGGUUACCUACUCACAUAGUGGAACUAGCAAUGGUUCUAAUUCAAGCAACAACUGGCUUCAAAGCGGAGAUUUUUAUGGUGAUGAACUCAUCAAUUGGGCAUUCAAAUCUCCUUCAUAUCCUAAUUUACCCAUCUCAAUUAGGAACGUUAUUGCCCAAGAAAAAGUUGAAGCAUUUGCUAUUAGAGCCAACGACUUGAAGAGUAUUUUCUUUAAAUUCUGGUGGUUCUUUAGUAGAGAUGUAAAUGUUUCUCAGUUGCAGCAAUGGGAGCAUCUAGCAGCUUCUUCUAUACAAGCAACUUGGCGCAAUCGUCAAGCAAGGAUCCGUCAGGCAGCCUCUUAUGUCCAACCGACAAGCUGGCUUCGUCGUCGUGCAAAGAUUACGAACAGUACAAACAGAACUCAUUGGAACAGAUUUGUUGUAAACUAG